GCACGAGCAGCAGUCACCGCCGCAGCGAAUGGAGGCGACCGGGCGCGAGAGAGACACAUCCCCGCGGACACACACUCGGACCGAACCAGGAUUUUACGCCUUUUUUUAUUAUUAUUAAGAAACCCGACAUUUUCCAUCGUGAGGAAGAAACAACGCAUACUUAUAAUUUUUUAAAUUUUUUUUUUUAAAGAAAAAUAAAAGUCGCAUCGCUUCCCCUUUUUCUAUUUUUUUUAUUUUUUCUCCUCCUCCUGACGAACAGGGCGUGUGGAGCGGGUGAAGCAGAUUUCGAACCCGUUUCCCGCAGAUGUCGGUGUAACCCCCGAGUCCGUGUGUGUUAGUGUUUGAAUUCACCACCACCUGGAAUCGAACGGUGUCGAGGAUGGGCUGCACGCUGAGCACCGAGGACAAGGCGGCGGUGGAGAGGAGCAAGAUGAUCGACCGGAACCUGCGGGACGACGGGGAGAAGGCGGCCCGGGAGGUCAAGCUGCUGCUGCUGGGUGCUGGUGAAUCGGGGAAAAGUACAAUUGUCAAGCAGAUGAAGAUCAUCCACGAGGCGGGCUACUCAGAAGAGGAGUGUAAGCAGUACAAGGCCGUGGUUUACAGCAACACAAUCCAGUCCAUCAUCGCCAUCAUCAGAGCCAUGGGCCGCCUCAAGAUCGACUUUGGCGACGUGGCGAGAGCUGACGAUGCCCGGCAGCUGUUUGUGCUCGCUGGCUCGGCCGAGGAAGGCUUCAUGACGGCAGAGCUCGCUGGCGUCAUCAAACGUCUCUGGAAGGACGGAGGCGUUCAGGCCUGCUUCAGCCGCUCCCGCGAAUAUCAGCUCAACGACUCGGCAGCAUACUACUUGAACGAUCUGGACAGGAUAUCCCAGGCCACCUACAUCCCAACCCAGCAGGAUGUCCUGAGGACCCGAGUCAAAACCACAGGCAUUGUGGAGACGCACUUCACGUUCAAGGACCUGCACUUCAAAAUGUUUGACGUUGGCGGUCAGCGAUCGGAGAGGAAGAAGUGGAUCCACUGCUUCGAGGGCGUGACCGCCAUCAUCUUCUGCGUGGCCCUCAGCGACUACGACCUGGUGCUGGCCGAGGACGAGGAGAUGAACCGAAUGCACGAGAGUAUGAAGCUGUUCGACAGCAUCUGCAACAACAAGUGGUUCACAGACACCUCCAUCAUCCUCUUCCUCAACAAGAAGGACCUGUUCGAGGAGAAGAUCAAGAAGAGUCCUCUCACCAUCUGCUACCCAGAGUAUGCAGGCUCCAACACGUAUGAGGAAGCCGCCGCCUACAUCCAGUGCCAGUUCGAGGACCUGAACAAGCGGAAGGACACCAAGGAGAUUUACACCCACUUCACCUGCGCCACAGACACCAAGAAUGUGCAGUUUGUCUUUGACGCCGUCACCGACGUGAUCAUCAAGAACAACCUGAAAGACUGUGGUCUCUUCUGAGGACAAUGACCACAAAGACCCUUUUUUUCUUGGCGGUGGAGCCAGCUUAUUGUGCAUCUUUGGUGGGGAAGAUGAGACGAGUCGGGAGGAUCAGUCACGGACCAGUGCUGUACUAUACGCCACUUUUAACAGCUUUAUUUAUGUUUUUGUCUUGGAACAUUUUUGAACUAGCCAUUGAAAUUUGUGUAGGAUGUUUGUAUCUUUGUAAAAGCGUCACGGCAGAUUCUCGCACAAUUUCCACUCGUUUUUUUUUGUUUCUUCUGCCGCUGUCUCUGGAAAAGGAAACUUUGCUAUUGGUGGACAUUCUUCUUUUCUUCCUUACCUUCAACCGAAAGGGAAGAGAAGAGGUACAACUUUGAGUCCAGUUUGUUGGUACCUGUGCCUUCGCAUGCUUUUCACUGCGGUCGUAAUCCUAAUGCUUGUUCUGUUGCCUGCUGACUUGUUCUGAACAUAAAGAGGUAAACUGUUUUCAUACGUUAGUGUCCCUGCUAUCUUCUAUGUGCACACCACUGAGCUAUCAGGAGGAGGAGGAGGAUUUCCCUCUGGUCUAAACAGGUACAUGGGUCGUCAUAGUGACCAACAUGUAGCCUCCACAAUCCACUAACCCCCACGCCCCCCCAGGCCUCACUGGCCGAUCCACACAGUACAAUACUGAGAUGUACAUUGUGACCCCACAGAUUUGGGGUUCAGGUUUUUAAACGGUGUAUAAAAACAUCCCUUCUUCCCAACCAUUCAGAAAACGGCUCGUCGAGGCGCUGGGCUUAUAAUACGCUCACGUGUUUUAAAGUACAAAGACCAGAGUUGGCACAUUUUACUGUAUAUUUUAAUGUAUUCAGAGGAGGUCUCUGGUGGUGAGGAGGGGGGAAAAAACUGAACCACCGGAAAGAUUGUUGUAAAGGUGAGGACGCGGUCGGACGCCGUUCUUGGAUCUCAUCCAGCUGCAGUGAGUAGAGGGCGGGGGGGGUCGCUGUUUGAGGAUCCGUGAAGAAGGCGAUGAUUAAUUAUGAGGUGACGGGAAUAAAGAAGGUCAAGGGAAAGCUGGUCUGUGAUUUUUAGAUCAGCACUACUUUGCCAAGAGGUGUGACACGGUCCUGGAUCUGUUCAUAUAAAGAAACUGCCACAACUGUCGAUGUAUGUGUAUGUUCUCCGCAGAAGGAGGAUCUUUGUAGACUCAUCUCCCUUAUUUUGCUAAUAAAAACCAAUUACAAACCA